GUUGAUGCGUAUCGUGUGUUGUGUGAUGCCCUGGACGCACUGAAUCCGGUCUUUAGAGGGUUAAAUUUCACUUUGAGGGGGAGUUACCGAAUCUGCAGUAACAUCGGAGCGCAUUCCUGAGAGCUGCCAACAUCCCGGGAAUAAGACCUUCAGCGUCAACAUCUCACAGCCACAUCACGGGAAUAUACCGCACUACCGGCCACGCGUCGACUGUCUCGUCAAGCCGCUUUUUCUCCGCCGGUUCGGAGUAUGCGAGCUCCGCUUACUGUCUCCACGUAGCGCAGGCACAGCUGAUGAUGGUUCACUGCUGAGUCCAGCUGCACAGAGGAGAGAGCGAGAGCGCUGAUCCUGAACUGAUCCCGUCUUCACACCCGCUGCAUGCCCACAAGGCUGGCCUCCAAACAUGUCUGCAGAAGUGGAAACCAGCACACCUCCGGUCGAGCAGCCACCUUUUAAGACACCCUCCAAAAAAGAAAAGAAGAAGGCUGCAGCGAGCCCAGAGAAAACAGAUGAGUUUCUCCUAGCCAGGUUCAAAGGUAAUGGAGUUCGCUACAAAGCCAAGCUGAUCGGUGUAGAUGAUGUGCCUGAAGCAAGAGGUGACAAAAUGAGCCAAGACUCCAUGAUGAAACUGAAGGGCAAGGCGGUGGCAGCUCGCUCUCAGGGCAAACACAAGCAGAGAGUCUGGGUGAACAUCUCUCUUUCGGGAAUCACUGUCACUGAUGAGAAAACAGGGGCAGCAAUACUGGAGCAUGCAGUAAAUAAGAUCUCCUUCAUAGCCCGGGAUGUCACUGACAGCAGAGCGUUCGGCUACGUGUGCGGCGCGGAGGGCCAGCACCAGUUCUUCGCUAUUAAAACAGCGCAGCAGGCGGAGCCUCUUGUCAUUGACCUGAAGGAUCUUUUCCAGUUAAUCUUCAAUAUGAAGAAAAAAGAAGUCGAGGGGUCAAAGAAGGAUGAAAAUAAUAAAGUGGUGGAGAACGGCAGCGAAGGCUCGCACAUUGACAGAAAAGGCGUUGAACAGCUGGACUUGUUUGGAGACAUGUCGACCCCACCAGACUUAAACUCUCCCUCGUCAGAGGACAUCCUACUGAUGGAUCUGUCCACCGAGAUAGACAGCAAUCAGAACUGUCUUAAAGGAAACCCGUUCACCUCAUCUUGUGUCUCCAGAGCCCCGUCCAGCCUCACGCCUGAGAACCCCUUCACCUCUCAGCUCAGCUUCUUCCCCACCCCGAUCCAUGACCCGUUCAGCGAUGACCCAUUUUACAAAAAAAACGACGACCAAUCGAUCCGGGAUGACCCCGCCAACCACAGCCCUAAUAGCUUGUUCAAUGGUGGCCCUAAAAAUGGUGACUCGGACUAUUUGGGCCAGCAGUUUGACCAGCUCUCCAACAGGACGGUCAUUCAGGCCCUCAGUAACGGUCACUGGCCGAUAGAUGGCAGAGCUGGAGAAACCACUAGCUGGACCCAAAACACGGUCCCGGUUCAGGAGCAGAAUGGACAUGGGAACGGGAUGCCAAAUCCAUUUGUGGAGAAGAUUCAGAAUGGAGUGAAACAUGAGAAUGGAGGGACUGGAGAGUCGCAUAACCAUCAGGCCAAGGAUUCUGUCAUUAUUUGUCCUCCACCACUUAAUAUGAAAGCUGGAAGAGGCAGGAGAAGUGUAAAGUCUCCUUCAAAUGAAAACCUUGGAAUGGCUUCAUUUGUUUCAGCAGAGCAGUCUGAAUCUCCACCUACUCCACCCGAGAGCUGCUCCGUCAGCAGUCUGUUCAGCAGGAGCCCUUCCUCCACAGACACUCUCACAGAUCUGGAAGGCUUGUCUCUUCAAGCUCCAGCAGGAUCUGCUCUGUGGAAUCAGCCGCUCUCCUCCAUCUUUAGUGUCUCCCAGCCCUUAACUCAGGCUCCAGUCUUCUCCUCUUCUACAGGCUCUGUCUGGGCAAAUGCUCCUGCGGGUUUUGGAUCCUCCACCGUUUCCCAUCAGCUUCCAUCAUGGAGCGCCGCCCCAGUUUCCAAUGGAUCCAAUGGUUCCUGGAGCCCUCAUCCACCCCUGGGCAACCCGUUCCAAAGCAGCAUAUUUCCAGAUGGACAGCAGAGCUCCAGUCCUCCUCCCCUGGUUCCCCCGCGGCCAGUGGCCACCAAAGAAGCUCCAAAGGUGGACAGUAAUGCUUUUGUUGACUUGGAUCCUCUAGGAGAAAAGGAGAAGAGAGAUAUCAAGGACAUGUUUAAGGAUUUCCAGAUGGCCAAGCCACCGAACGUGCCAGCAAGAAAAGAGCCAUUAAAGAUUGGAGGUCAGAACCCAUUCGACAACUCCUAUGGAAAAGAUCUGUUUGGCACAUCUGUACCUGCAACUAGCGCUCCUCCCAUAAAAGCAGUGGACUUGGAUCCGUUCAGAGACCCAUUUGGAAACCCAUUUGCAUGAUAGCCGUUCACCCUGAUGACUCCAUAGGGUCCAAACAAAAAAAAAUCAUUGAACAAGAAAUUAUGCAAAAGCAACUCCAUCCCAGAUAUUUCUUACAGCUUUAUAAUGUUUUGGAUACAACAGCACCGGUUUAAUGUAGCUUUCCCACUAAAGUGCAUUCCGUUGAAGAGCAGGUCUCUUAGCUCUGAUGUCACAGCCAAAUCAAGCGUUUGCAAACCUCCAGCUUUUAUAAACCAGCAUCGGAUCUGUAUGUUGGUCGAGAACCGGCUGAAAAUAAACCAUCAUACAGUAAUGGUUUCCUGCUAAAACACGGACUUCACUGCAGUUUGCCUCUAAAUGACAACAUGGUCAUUUAUGGAGUGGUUUUGUUUUCUGCACUAAAAGCACUCAAAAACAGUUUAGUCAAGUCUCCUUUGAGGACUUUUUCUAUAUUGCAGUAUUAUAUUGACUUUGUGUUUACUUUUCCACAUCUAUUGAAAGCUUUAGGGCACGCGAUUGGUCACUACUUUUGACAGAUGAACAAAUUCCAUGUUUUUGUUUGUUUGUUUUAUUCCAGUUUAAAGGGUUAGUUCACAAAUUACUUAUUUCUCAAGUCGUUCCAAACUCCUGAGAUCUUUGUUUAUCUUGAGAACACAAAUUUAAAAUACUUUAGAUUGAAUCAGAGAGCUCCCUCAUCCUCCAUAGACAUCAAUGGUCCCGAGACGUUCAAAGUACAGAAAAAGAAUCCAAAAUAUUGUAAAAACAUUCUGACCUUAUUUUAACAGUCUAGUCGCAAAGUCUUAAGCACAUGGCACAAAAGCAUUAAGGGCGUGUCCGAAUACACUUUUGCUGUUUUAAGGACGGAAAAAUACGCUCUGCGCCCCCUACUUUUGUGGAUAAGGAAACGAUGAAAACUCACUCCACUGAAGACCUCCAUUAGCCUACAUAUUUAGUUUAGUUUGAUAAGUGCAAAGAUUUGUUUCAAAACUAUUUCUAAAUUCAGUUCUAAUUUCCAGCAUAUGAAUAAAUGAACAAUAAUAACGAAGUGUCGUCAAAAAACUGAGUUAUAUCCAAACACAUGUCCUAUUCUUAUGCCCCAUAUAGUGACGCAUGUCUAAAAAACCCGACAGGUGGACAAAU